AUGGGCGUUUCUAAGUCGGAUUCCAUCAUUAUUGUAGGUGGAGGUGCCUUUGGGCUUUCGACAGCUCUCCACCUCUCUCAAAAAGGACAUACAGAUAUCUCGGUCUUCGAUAAAGAUGACAGUAUUCCUCCUCGCUUUUCAGCGGCCAAUGACUUGAACAAGAUUGCAAGGGCGGAAUAUGAGGAUCCAUUCUACACAGAUUUGACCAUUAAAGCGCUCGAGGCUUGGAAAACACCAUUAUACGCGCCUCAUUUCCACCAGACCGGUUUCUUCCAUUGUGUUUCUGAGGAAGCGCCCCAGAAAGCCAUCGAAACACUAUACAGGUUUCAGGCCUCAGCUGAAAAGAAUGCUUUGAUUAAGCCACACGUCUCACCUAUUAAGAACCGCCAAGAUGCCCGUGAUGGUUGCUGGCAGCUUGAUGGCGAGCUACCAGGAUGGCAUGGAUACUUGAACAAAUUCGAUGGAUACGUCCACUCCGGCAAUGCCCUGGCAGCAGUCUAUCGAGCAGCUCAAGCCGCUGGUGUACGAUUCUUCCUGGGAGAACAAGGUGCCGUGGAUGAAGUCGUGUAUGUGAGCACAUUACCUGGACGCAAGGCCUCAGGUAUUCGUACUAAGAACGGACGCUUUCAUCCUUCGUCCCUCGUCAUUGUUGCAGCCGGAGCUGGCGUCAACAGAUUAGUUCCUGAGCUUGGAACAAGUGUCGUUGCUAAGUCCUGGUCUGUCGCUCACGUACAUCUAACAGAUGACGAGGUCUCUGCUCUUCGCGGAAUCCCCGUUAUCUACGCCCGUGAUCUUGGUUUCUUCUUUGAGCCCGAUCCCAAGACAAACCUGCUUAAGCUCUGUCCUAUGGGUGGUGGGUACAUCAACACUGAUCCCAAGAAUGGAGUCUCAUAUGCGCCUGAGGUCUUGAGCGAUAGUGCUUUUCUUCCGGAAGAAGAUGAGGCGCAGUUGAGGAAAUUGUUGGCUCAGACUUUGCCUUCUCUUUCUGAUCGACCUUUUGUAAGGAAAUCUCUUUGUUGGUUUGCUGAUACCAAUGACUCGGAUUUCAUCGUUGAUUAUAUUCCUAAUACUUCGGAUUCUAUUAUUGUGUUGUCUGGUGACUCGGGACAUGCGUUUAAGAUGUUUCCCGUUUUGGGCUCGUUUGCUACUGCUCUUCUUGAGGCGAAUGAUAAUAAGCAGCCUGUUGCUCGUUGGAGAUGGAAGGAGCCGAAGGAAGCUGGGAAGGCUGAUUGGGGUGGUGAUGUUAGCUGGCGUCUGGGUCAGUCUAAGGAGUUUGUUUCUAUUCUUCCUCCUAGAGCUGCCAAGCUGUAA